GUCAUAUCAUUCAUACAUUUACUGUUUACAGGUUCAGUUCGACCUAUUAUCUGGAUUAUCCAACAAACUUUAAACACAGACUGAACUAAAAUGAAGAUUUUCGUUUGCUUAUUGGCCACAGUAUGUGUCUGCAAUGCCACAUUUUUGAGUCUUUUGGGAGGCAAAGGCGGUGGUAGUGGUGGAUCAAGUGGCAGUCAUGUAACCUAUAAUGUUGUAGCAACACCAACUCAUGGCGGUGGUCAUGGAGAUCAUGGUCAUGGUCACGGUCACGGUGGUGGUCAUGAUGUUAUCUACUCCAGCGGUCAUGGCAGUAGCCAUGGUGGAUCUUAUGCUCAUGGUUACAGUUAUUCUCACGAUCAUGGUCACGAUCACGGUCAUGAUCACGGUCACGAUCAUGGCCAUAGUCAUGGUGGUUCUCCUCAAGUUAUUAAAGUCAUUUUGGAUCAAGGUCAUGGUGGUGGUCACUCCUAUGGCGGUGGUUAUGCCAGUGGUCAUAGUUAUGGCUCUUCUGAUCAUAGUUAUGCUGGUGGUGAUCACAGUUAUCACGGCGGUUCCUCUGCUGGUGGUGAUGCCCAAAUUUUCAAAGUUAUCACCGAAAGUUCUGGUCCUGCUCAUGUAGAUCAUGGCUACUCUGCUGGCGGCUCUCAUGGUUGGUCCUCUGGUUCUUCUUAUGCCUCUGGUUAUGCUCAUGGCGGUUCUCAUGGCGUGAACUCUCAAUUGAAUGCUAUUUUGCCACAAAUUUUACAAGUUAUCUUACAAGAUGAUGCUCAUCAUGGUUCCGGUGGUGGUUUUAUCUCUGGUGGCGGUGAUGAUGUCAACUCUCAAUUGAUUGCCCACUUUGGACAAAAGGGUAAGGCUGUUAUUACCCGCAGCAAUGGCAAAACCAAUAGCCUCUACUCUGGUGGUCAUGUUAUCCAAAAGGGAGUUCUUAAAGUAAUGCGUGUUGAAGAAACUCCUGCUGCUGCUCAUCCAGCUCCAGCUCAUGGCCAUUCCUCACAUGGUCCUCCAGUCCAUGGACCACCACCACAUGGUCCUCCUUCCCACGGCCAUGGCUGGUAAUUUUUACAUCCCAAAGUCAUUAGUGUGUCAUUUCAUAUGUAGGCUCUUAGUUAAGGUCAUUUUAUUUAAAUUUUUAGUAAAUUAUAUAUUUAUAGUUUUGGUAAUCAUGUCUGUGAAUCAUUUUAU